AUGGCGGCCAAGCCCAGCCUCAAGAGCGUCUGGACGCAAUUCUUCCCGCCCAAGCCCCGCUUCACCGAAAAGAACAUACCCGACGACCUGACGGGCAAGGUGUCCGUCGUGACGGGGGCCAGCUCCGGCAUGGGCAAGGAACUGUCUCGUGUGCUAUACGCGCGCAACGCUAAGGUGUACGUGGCGUGCCGGUCGGAGCCUAAAGCCAACCAGGCGAUUGCCGAAAUCAAGAAGGCCGCGCCCCAGUCCAAGGGCGAGCUGAUCUUCCUGGAACUGGAUCUGGCGGACCUGACCAAGGUGAAGAGCUGCGCCGAGGCCUUCCUGGCGCGCGAGAGCAAGCUGCAUGUCCUGUUCAACAACGCCGGCGUCAUGGUGGGACCGGCCCGGCCAAUCCCCAGGACGGUGCAGGGCUACGAGCUGGCGCUGGGCGUCAACUGCGUAGGCACGUUCUUGCUAACAAAGCUGCUCACGCCAACGCUAGUAGCCACGGCCAAAGCGGAGCCGCCCAAUACCGUGCGCAUCGUGUGGCCAUCGUCGUUCGGCCUACUGCAGUUUGCGCCGCCCGAGCGCGGGGUCGAUAUGGACAACCUUGAUUUUCACAAGCCAGAGGACGCCAUCACGCGCUACGGCAUAAGCAAGUGCGGCGUCUGGCUGCUUGCCGUCGAGUGCGCGCGCCGCUACAAGGCCGAUGGCAUCGUCAGCGUUCCCAUGAACCCGGGCAACGUCCAGACGUCGCUAGCCAGGGACCAGACGAUCGGUUUGAAACUGAUCGCUCACACUGUCGUACAUAAGGUGAUGUACGGCGUAUAUACGCAGCUCUACGCGGGCUUUUUCGCCCGACAUUACCAUCGAGAAGGCAGACUGGACCCGAGACUGGAAUUUGCCCCGCUUCGAGCCGAUCUGCCCAAAGCUACAAAGCCAGAGGACGAGGGCGGCAAUGGGAACGCGGUAAAGUUCUGGGAGUGGAAUGAGGAACAGGUCAAGGACUACGUGUGA